UUGACAUCGAGGAACAACAAAGGACGUCAAAGGGACCACGAGGGACAUUGAGUGACUUUGAAUGUACUGUAUAAAUGUAUAAUUCGCAACUGUAUGUACCAUUAUUGUGUAACACUUACCUAACCUGGACGAAUAUUUCCCAACUAUUUCCAAAUAGGUGACAAAGUAUGUUCGCGCGUUUUACUCACCAUCACUUUUCAAUAACAGUACGUAGUAGCGUGUUGUUAAAAUUUCUUACUCCGAGUUCGAGUAGGCUGUAAGCCGUGUAUGUGUGCUUGUCUUGUACAGUCACGUAUGAGAUGGAGCUGUCCGGCUCUUUGGCUUCUUUGGGAGUGCCCAGCAAGUGAGCUUGAGAUUUUUGGACACAUAAUGGUACGUAUUUUGAGCGGUAGUGAGUUUUCUGUUCCUUGUUUGAUGUCCAGUCUAUCUCAAUUAGUCAAUGCUUUGACAAAGUAUUAUGUUUUAUCAUGCUCGUUGGGGAAGUAUGUAAUAAGCUAUAUUUAGUAACUAAUUUUACUACAUAAUUCUACAAAUAUGUAGAAUUAUUGAUUAGUUUUUUCUUCAAAGAUGUUUUUAAAUCAUAUUAAAUAAGCUUUUCAGAAAUUUUAUGAAUUCAAAUAAUUUUACAAACAUUAAAAAGAGUCUUUUCAAAAUUGAGAAUACCGUGGACCUAAAGAUUAAAGUUUCGUCUGUACAAUGACCUCUUAAAAUUUUGUUAUUGUUUUAUUGUUCGAACGAAAACAUUGCUUGUCUGACGAAUUCGUAACAAUCCAAAUAUCGAUAAUUUUUCGUUUAAAAGAAUUUUAACUUUUCACGCCAAUGUAGAUUCGAUUGUUUCAAUAAGUCAGAAAGUUAUUAAUAAAUUAAUCUUAUCCAGAGAAUUUCGUUUUCACGUUAAGACU